CUCGUGAUCAACAAAAGUGUUGGCACCUGAUCAUUUGAUCUCGGCCGUCAUCAAGAAAAUUUUCAUUCGCUACCAUGCACAUUAUACACUCGAUCUCAAAACUUUGUGUGCCCACCCUUCACCUUCAAGACAGCCUCCACGCGCUCUCUCAUCUUCUUGGUAUGCUUCGUUAUGUCUUCCAAUGGCAUUCUCUCCCACUCCUCCUGAAUGGCUAUUUUGAGAGUUUCGAGGGUAGUUGGGCGUGGCUGAUGGGCACGCACACGCCUUUUCAGCUCCUUCCAGACAGGUUCGAUCGGGCUGAGGUCGGGAGAGUUUGCAGGAUGUGGGAAGAGGGCAAUUUCGUGGGAAGAGAACCACUGGUGCGUCACCUUGGCUGUGUGUGAUGGAGCCCCGUCUUGCUGAAAUCGCAUACCAGGCCAUUUUUUCUUCGCUCCUUCCAUUGCCUCCAUCAAGACACCCUCUAGGACCUGCUCACAGUAUCUGCCUGCUGUCAUACCCCCGCCCUUGCCCCCAGGGUACUCCAAGAUGAUGAGUGGCCCUUUCCACCCAGUUGUGACACAUCCCCACACCAUUACCCGGAGCGCUGACUGUUUGAAGGUCGGAAUGAGGCAUGCCUCAUUGUACUCUUCAUUCACGUGUCCCAGUCUUCUCCCUCCCGUGCACAUGCCCACUCCAAUCGUGCCUUCUUCUGCUGCUGGGUUAGGAAGGGAACCUUCCUCGCAAUCCUCCGGUGCAUGCCCCGUUUGUCUAGUGCCCGUGCAACUGAUUUAUCUGAGAUUUGUGGCUCAAUUUCGUUUGCAAUACUUCGGAAUGGCUUUCGGCGAUCUGCAAGUGCUUUUCGGUGGAUCUGUCGCUCCAUCUGGGGUGUUAUCUUCGGGGGUCUACCACUGCGAGGUCGAUUUUCGACCGACCCAGUCUCCUGGUACUUUCUCCAUAUCUUUUGUGCGGUGUCAUAUGGAAUGCCAAAUGUAUGUGAAUGUUUGCCGAGGUGCUUGU